AUGUUCAUCUUAUUCCUGUUGUUAGUACUAGUGGUGGUUCUUGGUGGUGGCAAUGGCGUGGGCGUUGAUUUUAUGGAAAAGUCCGAUACACAUUAUGCAGUGAUACGAAGUAAUCAGCCUAGAGUACCAGCAACUGAUCAUGAACCACUAAAUGAACCAGUUCCUUCAGAUGAACCCAGACUCCCACUUACCGACCCACUAACUGACCCAGAUCCUGUUCCCACUUCACUCCCUGCUCCAGAACCGGUCCAUGAACCGCUAAUUGAUCCAGAACCUGAUUCCGACCCGUUUUCAGAGGCAGAAUUGAUUAAUGAACCUCUUAUCGAACACGAACCGGAUCCUAAGUUAUUUCCAGAAUCAGAGCCACUCCAAGAAACGCUUAUUGAAGCAGAGCCAGUUUCUGAACAACUCCCAGACGUAGAACCACUCAAGGAACCACUCCAUGAACCGCUUCCUGAGGCCAAUUCUCCCAGGUUCGCAAGGUUGCACAGUGGACAUAACUUGAACCUCAGGCUCUCGGUUCCACGGAACCCUGAUCCACUCGCAGAACCACUCCAAGAACCGCUUGCUGAACCGCUACUUGAUCCCGAACUGCUGAAGGAGCCACUCAAGGACCCAGAAGCUGACCCUGAUCCUCCGUGGCUGUGUCCGUCUCUAGGGAAGUGUCCAGGGCUGGCGUUGGCCGCUCCUGCCGCGUCUCUGAGGGUCCGACGUCCAUUUCUUUAA